ACUGCACAGAGUUGGAUGUGCAUUAAAAUGGUGGGGAUAAAAGUGCUCGGAAAGAAGCUCGCUAUGAGGAGGUACAUACUCCAUAGUACAUAGUGCAAGUAUGGACUAUAAGUUUGGAUAAAAAAAUAUGUUUGCCCAAGUAUGGACAAUAUACGUAUAGUAAUAUAUUGUAAUUUUUGCACUCCCGUGUCCCGUUUUCAAUUGAGCAUUACUAAUGUAAUCUACGAACUCACGCCAAGUUACCAAAAGUUCAUCACUACACUGUCGACGGCGCUGAGUUACAACACUGGUUGUAUGAAAUAAUAAAUUAAUAUACCUUGGAGCUGUUAAUGUUAUUUAUCUGAUACAUAUUUAAUUGUUGUAUUCACUAUGAUGAGUGAAAGAAAGUUCGAAGAAGAAAAUAGAAACAAGCAAAAUAGCGGUGAUUCUCCUUUGGAAGUAAUACAAACCAAACGAAUUCUGUCUCGUUUUAAAUCAGAGACUGGUGAAAUAUUACCUGGUGGUUUAUUAGAUUUACCUAUAAACAUAUCUAUUGACAAAUUGCAAACAAUCUGUAAUGCUCUUCUACAAAAUGAAGAACCAGUAUCUUUUGCAUUUUAUGUGAACGAUGUAGAAAUUACAGACACUUUAGAAAAAAAUAUAAAUGAAAACUUUAGCAUUAGUGAAGAUGUAGUUGAAAUUAUAUAUCAACCACAAGCAAUAUUUAAAGUUAGAGCAGUUACUCGAUGUACUGGAUCAUUGGAGGGACAUAAAGAAGCCGUGAUAUCAGUUGCAUUUUCUCCAGAUGGUUGUAACUUAGCUAGUGGUUCUGGAGAUACUACAGUUAGAUUUUGGGAUAUCUAUACUCAAACACCUCAUUUCACUUGUGAAAGUCAUAAAAAUUGGGUUUUGUGUAUAUCAUGGUCCCCGUGCGGAAGAAAACUUGCUUCUGCAUGUAAAAAUGGAACGAUCAUACUAUGGGAUCCAAAAACAGGUCGACAAAUAGGAAAACCAAUGUCAAGUCAUAAAAUGUGGGUCACAUCUUUAUGUUGGGAACCAUUUCAUAGAAAUCCAGAAUGUCAAUAUUUAAUUAGUGCUUCUAAAGAUGGUGAUCUAAGAAUAUGGGACACUGUACGUUCUCAAACUAUUCGCACACUUUCAGGUCAUACCAAAAGUGUAACGUGCGUCAAAUGGAGUGGAAAUGGUCUUAUUUAUUCUGCUUCUCAAGACAGAACUAUCAAAGUAUGGAGGGCCGAAGAUGGAAUUCUAUGUAGGACUUUAGUGGGUCAUGCACAUUGGGUAAAUACAUUAGCUUUAAAUGUAGAUUACGUGCUUAGGACUGGGCCUUUCCAUUUGGGAAAGCAUAUAGACAAGGCAGAGAAUGUAUUGGAAUAUGCAAAAAAACAGUAUGAAUGUUUUAAUGAAGAAAUACUUGUAUCUGGUUCCGAUGAUUUCUCACUAUUCCUUUGGAAACCAGAGAAGGAAACGAAACCUAUUGCAAGAAUGACUGGUCAUCAACAACUGAUAAACGACGUAAAAUUUUCACCAGAUGGCCGGAUAAUAGCAUCAGCUUCUUUCGAUAAGUCCAUAAAAUUAUGGGAAUCUAAUACAGGAAAAUAUAUAGCUUCAUUGAGAGGCCACGUACAGGCCGUGUAUGCAAUAGCAUGGAGUGCAGAUUCCCGUUUACUCGUUAGUGGUAGUGCAGAUUCCACAUUGAAAGUUUGGAGUGUGAAGACCAAGAAGCUUUGUCAAGAUCUCCCUGGUCAUGCAGAUGAAGUUUAUGGUGUGGACUGGUCUCCAGAUGGAUUGCGUGUUGCAUCUGGAGGGAAAGACAAAAUAUUAAGAUUGUGGCAGAAUUAAUAUAUAUAUAUUUUUUCAUAAUAAAUUUGAAUUUCUCUAUAAAAUA